AUGGAUUUUGGCGGUCUUUUAUCCAAGGAAAUCGACCGGAAACGGAAGAAAGCUAAGACGAAGAAGCUGCUGAAGCGUCAAAAGUCUAUCACAGAGACUUCUGCGGUUCCUGAUGCCCCACCACAGCCACAGGAAACAGAUACCGACGCUUUACUGGAAAUAAAUGAUGAAAAGUUGCAGCAAUCUCUUCAAACACUCGACAAAGAGUUUGAUGACAACACUCUGAAAGUAGAAAAGCUCCAAACUCUCGAGAUUUUGGUCAAACAAGAGCGGAAAGAGGCGCAAUAUCUGGAGUUUCUAAACGAAGAGAAUGUGGUCCCAGACUCAAUUGACCCUGCCGAUGCAGCACGUAUCUCCGAUCCAAAAGUGUACAGACGCCUAUGUUUACAGAUCCGAAAGUUUCUAAAAGUGUCUCUAAAUGGCUGGCAAAGCAAUAUCAGUGACCAGUUUCCUCAGUCUGUACUACAGGAAUCCAAGAAAGACUUGGUCAAGCUCUUAUACAAACUCCGAAGCGGCAAACUCCAGCCCAAUAUGGUGAUCACUCUUUCUACAAUAGUUCACGACAUCCAGAUGGAGCAAUUCACAAAAGCUAAUGAAAGCUACAUGAAACUCUCCAUAGGCAAUGUCGCAUGGCCAAUUGGUGUGCGAGAUGUGGGUAUACAUGCCCGUAGUGCGGACCAAAAAAUCACUGGAGACAAUAAGGAAACAUUAGCCAAUAUCAUGCAGAACGAACACACCCGGCGAUGGAUUAUUGCCAUCAAACGGUUGAUUAGUUGGUGGGAGUCUUCUCAUAAGCUACACACAUCACGUGAUACCACAUAG